GCUGCUUGCGCACAUGCACCCAUGCUCGCUCCUUCCCCCUUCGUGUCACCAACCUUCUGCACUCCAAAAGGGGAAUCAUCUUUCCAAUGCGGAAGACAAGACGCUCCCUCUCAUGCGACCCACAUAAUUGACCGGAUGCUGCUGAAACAGGUCGACAUGCUCGUGCCUUGCAUGCUGUGUCAUCGAGUCUUGUACCCCGACACCCCUCAAGUGGACACGCUUUUCGGGACAAUGAGACUCAUUCCCUGCCGAUUGUCUUGAACAAUCCAUGGCAGCUCCUUGAAGAAAGCUCUCGAUGGCCGAAAAGCUAGUCGAAGCCUUCUCGGCCGUUCCGCCGGAAGACCGCACUGACGCAUUAUCGAAGCUUCUAUGUGUCUUACACCCAGCGGAGCGCUCGCAUCUGUCCAAGAUGAUGGCUCAGCAAAACGACCCCAUGUUCGCGCUGCCGAUUGACAUCGUCCUCCAAGUCUUCGAGUACCUGGAUGUCCUCGCAAUUUGGUCGCUUCGGAGUGUGUGCAAGCACUGGCAAUACGUUCUCUCUUCGGAAUCCGUUGUCAAAUCCGCGCUUGCCAGAUGGCAAAUGCAUGACGAGGCCGACACCGCCAGUCCUUCUCAGCGCACUGCCACUUAUUCGACGGAGAGCAGAAUCCAACAUCUACGUGCCUUAAUCACUGGAGACCCUUUCGAGGAGAUUCCAUUCGACAGACCGGGUCUAAAGAUUCCCUUACACCUCCCUCAAAUGGCUGCGUUCCGCUUCUGCUUUAAAGGGAGUCGCUUCGCCUACAUCGCAAGUCGACCUCAGAAAGGCGACCAGGUGGUUGUCCAUGAUCUCAUCACCGGUGAGUGCCGAAUAUUUUGCAGUGAAGCCCGUGGAACCAUCAGGGAUGUGGUCAUCACCACCAACUUGGUCGCCUUCGUCGCCUUUGAUGGUUAUCUGUACGUCUCGCGAUUUCGCGACCCCGGGACUCACUGUGACCGCAUUCGCAUCCCGUCAUCCAAAAUGUGUAGUCUUGCGGCGGAGAAAGACUCGAUUGCACUGCUUCUGACUCCCUACACAACUCACACGAUGACGUCGGUCUUGGAUCUGAUCUUGUACGAUGAUGUUACGCGACAGUCGCGAAGCGUGGACGUGUCAAAGCAACUUGAAUACAUGACGAAAUACGACACGCAUUUCUGCACGUCACUCGUGCAAAGUGACAGGAAAGUCAUCGACUUCUUCACCCUCAACUCUGUGGACGAGCGGAAGCACGAGGGGCUGCACCUCGUGCACUCCCGACUGUCCUUUCAAGGAGAGCAGGUCCGCGGGCAGUCUCGAUUGUAUCUGGCAGAGCCACGGAUGUAUGGGUCCCGCCCUUUCGUCCUAGCCAACCCGCAUCCCACCGGAAUUCGAGACCAGUGCAGACUUGCUGUUGGUGAAGUUCGCAGAACAGGAGCCCCGUGGCUACUCAAAAGCGCGAGGCUCUUCGAUUGUAAGCACGGAGAAUUUAUCGACGGCCAAUCGCCACCGGACAACCCGCGACCGGAAGACGGGUUUCCGGCAAUGAAUCUAUUGUGGAAAGCGAAGGCCCACCAGCCGCCCGGUGAAGAAGAGUGGAUGCCAUAUAUGGCUUACAUGAACGACACUUUCAUGGUGAGCCUGGAAUGCACCGAAGGGCUUGCGGACCCUCCGCGCACAAGGCUUCGGGCCUUUUGCUACGAUCCUAAUGUCAAAAUGGUGGGACGGCGGUGAAACCAGUCGAUGGAUAAUCUGGAUCUGUACGACGAGCGGAGGACACCACCCUGGUCGGCUUGUCUUGUUGCGAAUCCGGUUUUCGUGGCAGCUGGUGGUGGGUGGGGCUGGAUGACGUUGGAAUGCACUCGGACUUGGAUUCGCGCGCGUGUCUGCCGCGCGACAUUCAAGCAAGCCAAAACAAGUACUCGAUAAUUUCGGUUCUUCAAUUGAAACAACA